GACGUUUCAUCUUCAAAGUGAAAAAGGAAAUAAAACUUGGAUCAGCUAUUUAACUCUGGAGAAGUGAUACUCAACAGACGAAUACAGAGGUUUGAGUUAGCAGUUAGAAACGGAUUUUAGUUUGUUUCAACAAUGCACCAGCAACUUUGUGAAGGGACUUGCACAUAUUUUCUGUAUUACUUAAAGUGCAAAGAAAGAAUGUGGAUGUUGAUCUUCAUCGUCUUCCUAAUCGGCCACUGUCAGUCUGAUAAAAGACAGCCUGGAAAUGUCAGUAACUUUGCUGUUGUAAACAGUACGGUUUACGUCGCCACGGACAACAAACUCUACCAGAUGGACAGAAACCUCACUGUGGAAAUAAGACGGGACACAGCGCAACAAAACAGAGUGAAGAUACUGGUGCCAUUUGAGAACACACUCAUCACCUGUGGAACCGAUAUGUGUGGGUACUGCGACGUGCUAGAUUUGAAAAACAUUUCAAAAACCAUAUAUAGAGAAGCACUACCUGUAGCUUCUGUCUAUACGAAUAAAUCAUCCCUUGGUUUCCUGGUCGAGGUCGGAGACAGCAAAAAUAACAUAUAUCUUCUGACCGGAGCAGAACCAGAAGUUCCUGAUAAUUGCUCUGGAGAAUAUUUUUUCUUGAGUCUUAGAAACACCAAUGAUUUGCAGUAUGGAAAGAUAUUUUCAGUGAUUGAAGAACGUAGUAAUGUCAAACAGAUCAAAAAGAGGUCAAAUCAGUUUGAUUUGGAGUUUGUAGAUGGCUUUCAGUGGGAGAAACACAUUUACGUAUUCAUUAAUUUCAACAUAAGAGGUCCCCAAUCACGAGUUCGACUACUGUCGAUGAAGAAAGGAACGACAAAGACCAACACACUGAAGUCCUUCAGAGGUACAACCCUUCACUGCUGUGGGAGCAAGAACUACACACAGCUCGCCUCCUCUGCUGUGAUUGGAGGUUCCCCACUUCUUUGGGCAGGUGUCUUCAAAGCCGGUAACCUGCUCAACCCCGAGAGUACAGCACUAGCCAUUUUCAAUAUCACACAGGGAGCCUCUUCUGGUUGGUCAGCAGAUUCAGAUCCGGAUUUUUGCAUGGAAUCUACUUGUGGGCCUAUUUCUUCGAAUGAGGAAGGAUCACAAAAUAUGGCACCAAAGGCCAUUUAUGAGUACCCGUCGAUGACGUCAGUGGCUGUGUCAAUGGAUGUGAAUGUCAGUUCCUGGACGAUGUUCUUUAUCGGGACAGCAGACGGGCAGCUAAUAAAGAUUUCAAUGGACAAGGGCAUGAAACCAACCUGUCCCAUCGUCCUGUACAGAUCUAACGACGAACGCCCUGUACAUUCCAAAAUGAUUUUGGACCCGGUCGAUAAGAAACACAUCUACUUGGCUUUGGGGAAACAGAUGAAGCGAGUUCCUGUGGCUCGGUGCGAGAGGUAUAACAGCAUGAGGGACUGCUGGCUCUCCCAUGAUCCCCUCUGUGGGUGGUGUGCUUCUGCGAGUAGGUGCACAUUUCAUGACGAGUGCCUCAGGUCAACGUGGAUCACCAUCCCUGAUGGUUCAGUGCAGGAACAAAUGAUCUCCUUCCAAGUGGAUGAAACACCAUCUCACGAGGAGAUCAUAGUGAGUGUGACGGCUCACCUGAGGGUGGUAGCUCCAGAAGCCCCCGUCUUCUCUUGCGCAUUCACGACUGAACAGGGGGAGAGUCUGUGUACCGGGUCUGAGGAUACCGCGGUAUUCCCCAACUGCUCCUGUGUCUUCUUCAGGGAGAACUUACCUGCAGGAGGCCUUGGGGUAACAGUGAUGCUCUCAAUAGACAACCAGACAUCUUCUGAAUCCUGGAAUUUGAAGAACUGCUCUCUCAUCCAAGGAAAACCCACAUUCGCCCUGUGCUCAGAGUGUGUUGCUGCUGGCUGCCUAUGGUCCUUUACACAAGGCACUUGUGCCUGGAUGCCUUUGUACUCAUACGAGACCGACAAACAGGACACAUGUCAGAAGUACUCCUCCGGAGGGAAUUUCUCUAAGCCAGAAAUUGACUCAAUACAUCCAAAUGAAAUAUCCUUCUAUGGAAAAAACUAUGCAAGCAUCACGGGGAAACACCUGGAUCAUGUGACAAAGAUACGUAUCCAUGGGAACAAUGACUGCAAUCUGAAGAAGGUUCCGUUCCAGAGCCGCUCCAGUGAUAGGCUGACGCUGCACAUUCCGGGCGGGAACAAGGGCAGAAUGACAGUUUGCGUGGAGCUCCCUGACGGGACGUGUUAUGGCUCAGCCGUGGUCACCUACAGGUCCUUACCGGCCUGCGACCUCCUGACACCCAGCACCAGCUGGGCCAGUGGGGGCAGAGCAAUCAAUAUUCUGGGCACAAACCUGCAGUUUGUGGACUGGAUAGAGUAUAUGGACCCCCCACAGAAGCUUGAUGUUAAAUUCAAUUCUUCAAAUCUGGUGUAUUAUGCUCCUUCAAGUGGAGCUGAAACGAGAAGAAACACAACCUUCAGACUGAAGGUUGCAAAUGAAACGAUCAGAUGUGCGACCCUUACAUACCACCCGGACCCUGAGUUUAGCAGGUUCACCACAUCGCCAUCUGGAGAUGGCUUACGCAUCACUAUUGAGAAAAAAGUGGACAAACUGAACAUAUCGGAGGUGGAAAUGAAUAUAUUUGCCCUGGAGGGUGACGCAGAAUACAAAUGUGAGAAUAUUCAAAUUCAACCCAGUCAUUUGUCCGGGGUGGAUUCCAUUGACUGUCAAAUACUCAAUAAAGCUAAUUCCAAGAUACAGUUAGUGAAGAUACGUAUAGGAAAUUAUACAUUUGAAGUAACCGGACCACGUAAUAUGUUGUACUGGAUUAUAUUGAUCGUCAUCAUCAUACCUGCAAUCACCAUUGUUUUUGGGUGGAUUUACCUUUCAAAACGGAAGAAACUGUCAGAACAAAUGAACAAACGUCUAGAACUGCUGGAGUGUGACAUCAGAAAAGAGAUUCGACAAGGCUUUGUGGAUAUGCAGAUAUUGCCAGAAACGGAAUUGACAGAAAAUGCUGGAGCAAUCCCUUUUUUAGACUACAAGCAUUUUGCUUCCAGAUUCUUCUUCCCUGAUGAAACGAUGAUGAGUGGUUUCCUUAAAGACCUGGACCAGGCCUCAGAGAGAGCACAGACAGACAGGGGCUGUGAGGCUCUAUCCGGUCUGAUCCGAAACCGGCUCUUCCUCACCUCCUUUGUCCACGCGCUGGAGGAGCAGAGAAACUUCAGCAUGAAGGACAAGUGCCACGUGGCCUCCUUGCUGACCCUGGCCCUGCAUAGUGACCUUCCCUACCUGACUGAGGUUAUGGAGGUCCUCCUGAGGGCCCUCAUGGACCAGUCCAGCAACGCCCAGCCCAAGCUCAUGCUGCGGCGCACAGAGUCUAUCGUGGAGAAGCUGCUGACCAACUGGAUGUCCAUUUGCCUUUACGGCUAUCUACGGGAGUCUGUGGGGCAGAACCUGUUUUUGUUAGUGUCGGCACUGAACCAGCAGAUCUCCAAGGGCCCAGUAGACUCCGUGACAGAGAAGGCCCUGUACACGCUGAACGAGGACUCGCUGCUCUGGCAGGCUCAGGACUUCAGCGCCCUGAAGUUGAGCGUGUCCCUGGAGGUGGCCUCGGUGGGGGAGGGCGACGCCCCCCUGGAAGUCAGUGUGCUGGACUGUGACACGGUGGAGCAGGUGAAGGAGAAGAUCCUCAGGGCCUUCAAGAGCAAGUUCGGCUUCCCCUACAGCGGCCAGCUCAAGGACAUCGACAUUGUGUAUGAGAAAGGAGGCAGCUCUCUCCUGCUACAGGAAGUGGAUAGCAGUUCUGAGGUCCUGGGGGCAGUUACCAUGCUGAACACACUGAGGCACUACAAGAUUCCCGAUGGAGCCUCUGUCAAAGUCAUCACAAAAGAAGGCCACGCCCCUCUGACCACACAAGCCAGUUUGAAGGAUGACAAGAACUACUCCAUUAAGUACUUUCACUUGAUUGAUCCUGAUAUUGACGACCAGAGCGGAAACCCAGAGAGGAAGAAGCUGAAGCUGAAAGAAGUCUAUCUGACAAAACUGCUGUCCACAAAGGUGGCCGUGCAUUCCUAUGUGGAGAAGCUUUUCAGAUCGAUAUGGGGUGCGACCAACAACAGAGUACCGCUCGCAGUCAAAUACUUCUUUGAUUUCCUGGAUGCCCAGGGAGAUAGCAAGAAGAUCAGUGACCCGGAUGUCCUUCACAUUUGGAAAACCAACAGCCUGCCCCUGCGCUUCUGGGUAAACAUUUUGAAAAACCCCCAGUUUGUGUUCGACAUGGAGAAGACACCGCUUCUGGACGGCUGUCUGUCCGUCAUCGCCCAAGCCUUCAUGGACUCCUUCUCCCUGGUGGAGCAGCAUCUGGACAAGCAUUCACCCACCAAUAAGCUCCUCUACGCCAAAGACAUCCCCCAGUACAAGCAGGAGGUGAAGGACUUCUACAAGCAAGUGAGAGACCUAGCAGGCUUCUCCAACGCAGAGUUCAAGGCUUUCCUGCAGGAAGAGUCAAAGAAACAUGAAAAUGAAUUCAACGAAUCGGCCGCACUACGAGAAAUCUACAAGUACUUGCAGCAGCACUUUAAUGCGAUAGAGGAGAAACUGGUCCAGGAUGGGGCUUCCAGAGAGCUGAAGGACAAGCUGCAUCAAGUCAAGGAUUUUUUCACUGAACAGAAGAGCUGUUCCUGGGACUGAGAUCCUUCCUGCUACACAAGCCAACCAAACAUGUUUAUUGGCCAGAAGAGCUGUUCCAGGGACUGAGCUCCCUCCUGUGAACGCCCACUAGACAUGUUUAUUUGGUCAGAAGAGCUGUUCCAGCAAUUGAAGUCCCUCCCUCCCCGUCAUACAGCUCUAGCAGGUGAUGGUCCCCGACUGUGGCACUCUUCUACAACCACUAUAGGAGGUUGCAGAGGUCAGGCUGGCUCCAUCCAAGCAGCCCAGAUGAAACUCGUACCAAAAACCAACUCAAUGCUGAUCUUACGUUCCAUGGCAAAGGGCUGUUCUGGACAGCUACUGUUGUUUUUCCUCAGGUUAAAGGUCUUUAUGCCUUCAAGCACUUUGGGUUUCCAUGGUAGUGGGUAUCCCUCAUCAGCAUGAAUUAUUGAAAUAAUGUUCCACAGGAUUCUUUGAGUGGACUAACAAAGCCAAACCACGAUGCACUAACAAUCACCACGCUCUUAGCCGUUUUGUUUUACGGCGUACAUCUUUGCUUUGGUAUUUUACUUCUGUACAACACUGUCAAUAAUUCCUCAGCCACAACUGAGCUCUUAAAACAGGUUGCUGUUAACUCCCCAUUACAUGAUGCUAUUGUGAUUCAAGAUAAAUUGUGUGAUAUAAUGAUACUCAACAGUAAUUAAAUAAUACUCUCUUAUGACUACAGUACUGCCAGGGAGAUUCUGUGAGAAACAAUGCUCAGUCAGGACACAAGGCUUCUGUCCCGGGACCGUAUUUGUAGCACUGCCACUGAUGCUGGGAAGCCCUAAAGGGCUGUGUGUGUAAUGCCUUAAUGAAAUGGGUUUAUUAGCGACUGCCUCAUAGACAGUGUCCCCUUACAGUGAGUGGAAAGAGACGAUGAUGGUUACUGCACAAAGCCAACAAGCAGCUGUGCUGCAUUAGAGAGACUCAGACUUGGUGCUUAUCUUGAUUUCUGCGGCAUUAAAAUGGCUGAUGGUACUUUCGAUACUGCUGCCAGUCCAUCAGCUGCAAUGUUGAGUUAAUCUAGUCAGUGUCAAGUUGUUAAAUAUGCUACAUGAUGGGCUCAGUGUAGCCAAUCAGAGUCAGCCUUGGAGGUUUCAGUGUUUGGGGAACCUUCAAGUGGAAUGUAGGCUUGCAUGACUGAAAGGGUCCACUAAUGUCACUGCAUGUGGUUUUUGUGCUUUUUGCUGGGCAGACUUCACAGGUUACUGGCCAAAACAUCUUUAUAUCCAACUGCACAAAUGCUACAGUUUUUCCUGUCAUUUAUAUAUUUAAUGUAUACUCGCAUUAACUUACUUUGUACUUUUAAUAAGAACUUUAUGCAAUAC